AUGGUGUUCAAAACGGCAGACGUUGUGAAGGUUGAGAGUGCUGUGGGGUGGAGUUGUGGACAGAGGGGAUCAAUGAUGGAGCUCCAGAACCUGCAGGAGGCCUUGAAAGUGGAGAUACAGAUCCAUCAGAAACUAGUGGCUCAGAUGAAGCAAGAUCCACAGAACGCUGAUCUGAAGAAACAGCUCCAUGAGCUCCAGGCCAAGAUCACAGCGCUGAGUGAGAAACAGAAAAAGGUGGUGGAGCAGUUGAGGAAGGACUUGCUGGUGAAGCCGGAGUCGUCAGAGAUCCGUCUGCACGCGCAGACGCAGGUCCCCAUGUUACUGGACGGAAAAACCUCUGCACUGACCCCUCUGCAGACACAACCCUCUCUGCUCCCAGCACAGAGUUCGGUAACGGUCACGCCCGUUAUCGCCACUAAGACUCUACCUCUGGUGUUGAAAGCUGCUGCUCCUGCCACCCCCACCUCUCCCGUAGCACCCAGACCCACAAUCACCAUGGUAACCACCAUCAGCAACACUCCGAUGCCCAGUCUCCCUAACUCAGACGCUCAGCAUUCGCCAGUGAACCUCCAGACGACCGGCAAGCUGACCAAUCAGGGCUCAGAAUCCUUUCGGAUAGUCUCCAAAAACGCCGUUGUGGUGCAGGCCACCACUCAGCCAAUCAAAGUUCCUCAGUUUGUCCCUCCCACCAGACUGAUGACUCCGCCCACCUGUCUGCCACAGGUCAGACCCAAACCCCCGACAUGCAGCGCCCCGGUGCCCGUCAUGCCCGCCGCCCUCCCGUCCGUGCUGACCGCUCCGCAGAUUAUCCAGGGCCCCGUGGUGUUGACCACUAAGCUGGCGUCCGCUCCUCUGACCUCAGUCUCCGGGCCUGUCCAGCAGUUACACAUCCUGAACGGACAGCCGUGCGCCACGGUGACGGCCGCCCAGCUCACCGGCAUCGUCAUCUCCACCCCGGCGACCGCAGCAGCCCCCGCCCUGCCUGACGCGCCGCAGACGUUCCAGAUCACCGACCUUACCCCAGACACCACGACUGCUGUGACUCCGGGCGGAGCAGACCCAAAGAUAUCACCCUGCACCCCCUCUGUCCCCUCUCCUGCCCCACCCAGUACCCCACCACCUCCCUCCACCCCUAAACGCGAGGAGAACCCUCUGAAAGUUGCCUUUAUGGAGUCCUUAGGUCUGGUCACUCCUCAUUAUCUGGAGGAGAUCCAGAGCAGACGUCAGGAACGCAAGAGAAGGACAACAGCAAACCCAGUGUACAGUGGAUCAGUGUUUGAGCCUGAGCGUAAGAAGAGCGCAGUGACGUACCUGAACAGUCCUCUAAAUCAAAGCUCCAGGAAAAGAGCCAAUGAGGAGGCCUUGCCAGAGGGAGACAUCCAUGAGGAUUUGUGUUCAGUGUGCAGACGCAGUGGUCAGCUGCUCAUGUGUGACACGUGCUCGCGUGUCUACCACCUGGACUGCCUUCGCCCCCCCCUCAGAACUAUACCCAGGGGCAUGUGGAUCUGCCCCAAAUGCCAAGACCAGAUUCUGAAGAAAGAAGAGGCGAUCACAUGGCCAGGAACACUGGCUAUAGUUCAUUCCUACAUUUCUUACAAAGCAGCUAAAGAGGAGGAGAAACAAAAGCUGGUGAAGUGGAGCUCUGAACUCAGGCAGGAGAGAGACCAUCUGGAACAAAAAGUUAAAGAGUUGAGCGGCUCUAUAACGAAAUGUAUGGAGACUAAGAACACAGUCCUGGCUCAACAGAAGGAGAUGCAGGAUUCUCUGGAGAAGGUGAAAGGCCUUGUUCGUCUGAUCCAGGGCAUCCACCUGCCUCCUCUCCCCUCUCUCUCUGAGACUACAGCGCCCCCUGCAGGCAUGACGAACGGCGACACAGACCUUGCUAGCCAUCACGCCGACCUCACCAGCCUGAACUCCAACGACACAGACACUGUUGGAAAGAACGGCAAGAUAGACGAGGAAGAGGAGGACGAGGAAGACGAAGACAGCAGUACCAGCAACAGCAGUGACCUCACCCACGCCCCUCAGCCUCCUCUGCCCCAGGCACUGCCCCCCCUAGAGGUCACAGAGGCUGCCAUAGCGCCUCCUGGUGGAAACGGCUGGGAAAGGUGGGUCGGCGUGCGGUUUGGAGGAGAGAAAGGGAGAGAACAGGGACGGGAGACGAGGAACGAUCGCUCGCUCCAGAAAGGUGUCCUGUCUCCGGCGUCCGAGAGGCAAAACGAGGCGGAAACCGACCCCUCGUCGGCGUAG